AUGUCUGCCGGCAACCGGAAAGAGCGACGCGCCAAAGAAUCCAAUGCAACUAGGAGUGGUGCUGCAACUGGCUUCCAGCCCACCAACGAAAUCGACCAAGAUGGCGUCGAGAUGAUUCUGAAGCACCCCGACUUCUCCAAGCCAACAGGCAAGACACUAUUCGACUUGGCGGAAGAGAGGCAGAGAGAACUAGACAAGGCGAACGGCAGGACGCGAGUGGUCAAAGUGCCAGUGUCAUCCGCCUCUGCCUCGGCCGAUGAUGGUCCCCCAAUCGGUCCCCUUGGGGACUCGAUUCUCUAUUCCGUCUCCAUGGCAGCACUCCACCUCACGCUCGACGUCCUCGUAUACAGCCAAUACCGCGAGGAUAUACUCUGGAAUGAGAUCAUGUGGCGGGCACUGACAGCGUGGCCCGUAUUCUUUCUAGCAGUCUACCUGACCCACGUCGACUUCUCAUACCGAUUCCCCAUACUUCGAGACGCUACGUUUUUCGGAGGUUCUGUCGUAGCAGGCUGCUACUUGGUAUACUCAGGCAAUAAGCAUGGCUAUUUCUAUGUCAUGAAGUCGGCGCCCCCUAUUGGCACACUCUGGAUUUGGAGUGUUGUGGAGAUGAGCCUGCCUUUUGCGGCCACCAGCGCAGCCGCCGUGCUUGGAUAUAUCUGGUGGAACGUAUUCGACUUCUUUUGA